AUGUCAUCAUCAUUAAUAAUAUCAAAAUUUGAAGAUUUAAGUGAUGAUAUUUUAAUGGAUAUAUUUGAUUUACUUUAUCCAUCUGUUUAUAUAUAUCAUUCAUUUUUUAAUUUAAAUCAACGUUUAAAUAAAAUAAUAAAUGAUUCACGUUUAUUAAUAUCACUUGAUUUAUGUCAUUCAAUAAAUCCAUCUAAUUUUGCUUAUCAUUGUCAAAUAAUGUUACCUAAUAUGUCAAAACAAUUAAUAUCAUUACGUUUAUCAAAUGAACAAAAAUUAUAUGAACAAAUUAAAAUAUUUCUUUUACAUAUACGUUUAGGAAAUUUUCAUGCUUUACGUCAAUUAUCUCUUAUACAAAUAACAUUUGAUCAAUUAAGACGAAUACUUGUUGAUAUUUUAUCUUUAAAUAAACUUGUUCGACUUGAUAUUGAUAUGUUUGAUGGAUCUGGAACUAGUCUUAAUGAACUUAGUCUUAUAGCAAAUACAUUAUUAAGUAAAUCAAAUUCAAUUAAAUUUUUAUGUCUUCGUUUUAAUCGUGAAUUUAUAAUAUCUGAACGUGCUUCAUCUUCAUUAACUCAUCUGACAAUUGAUGCUUGUUUUUCAUCCGAUGUACCACAAUUAUUAUCUCUUUGUUCAAAUCUUCAUUCAUUAACGAUUAAAAUUGAACAAUCACGUCGUCGAUAUCCUCUUCUUAAUAUAAUGAAUUCUGAUCAACAACU